AUGGACGACCCCAAAGUCCUCACCGACAUCCUCUCCCAAGUCAAAGUCCACUCCAUCCAGCUCAAACGAUGCCUCGACUCGGACCAAAUCAUGGAGGCCCUCAAGGCCGCCUCGUCCAUGCUCGCCGAACUCCGUACUUCGAGCUUGGGGCCAAAGCAGUACUAUGAGCUGUACAUGUCUGUGUUUGACAGUCUGCGGUACCUCAGUAAUUAUCUGUAUGAGGCGCAUACGGAGGGGAAGCAUCAUUUGGCGGACUUGUACGAGUUGGUACAAUAUGCGGGAAAUAUCGUGCCAAGGCUGUACCUCAUGAUCACUGUUGGCUCGGUAUACAUGUCGAUUCCGGACGCGCCGGUCAGGGAGAUCAUGAAGGAUAUGCUGGAAAUGAGUCGGGGUGUGCAGCAUCCCACAAGGGGUUUGUUUCUCCGACACUACCUUAGCGGGCAGACGAGGGACUGCUUGCCUCUCAACAUGGAGGAUGGACCCCUCGGCACCCUCUCCGACUCGAUCGGUUUCGUCCUCACCAACUUUAUCGAGAUGAACAAGCUCUGGGUCCGACUCCAGCACAGCGGUCACUCGCGGGACCGGGAGAAGCGCGAAAUCGAACGCAAAGAUCUCCGGAUCCUCGUCGGGACGAACCUGGUCCGGCUAUCCCAGAUGGAAGGGAUCGACCUCCACACAUACAGUACCGUCAUCCUCCCCGCGGUCCUCGAGCAGGUCGUCAACUGCAAAGACGUCAUUGCUCAGGAAUACCUCAUGGAGGCCGUCAUCCAGGUGUUUACAGACGAUUUCCACCUCCACACGCUCACGCCGUUCCUGGGGGCGUGCGCGAACUUGCAUCCCCGGGUUAAUAUCAAGGGGAUCGUCAUUGCCCUGAUUGAUCGUCUGGCGGCAUUCGCAGCGAGGGAGGCGGAGGCGGAGGAUCCGGAGACGCGGAAGAAGGGGGAAGAGGAGGCAGCGAGGAGGUUGGCAGAGAGGGUCAAGCAGGGGAGAAGGGGGAAGGGGAAGGGCGUGCAGGAAGGGGAGAAGAGUCCGAAGCAGGCAGUAGCGAGGCCGGCGGAGGCUGCUGCGUGGGGCGGAGAGGACGUGCCGGAGACACCAAAGGAGAAUGGGGAUUCGGAGAAGGGUGGCGCAGACGGUGCAGCGUCCAGCUCGGCGACCCAGGAGAAGCCGGACGAGAAGAAGGAGUCGCCGGCGCACGGGACCGAGGUCAAGAAGUUCCGAGGGAUCCCUGAGGACGUCAGGCUGUUUGAGAUGUUCUGGAAGCAGGUCGUUGAGCUUAUCAAGGCCCGCCCAGACCUGUCCAUCCAGGAUAUCACUGCGCUUUGCGUCUCGCUCAUCAACCUAUCCCUGUCGUGCUACCCCGACCGACUGGAGUACGUCGACCAGAUCCUCGGCUUUGCGCACAGCAAGGUUGUCGAAUUUGCGCAAAACCCCGACCUCCACUCUCAACAAACCACCUCAUCCCUCCUCGCCCUUCUUCUCGCACCCAUUACAUCCUACAUCUCCCCCCUCACCCUCCUCGCCAUCCCGUCUUACGCUCCCCUUCUCUCCGCCCAGCCCUACUCUACCCGGCUCGCCAUCGGCCAAGCCAUCGUCUCGUCCGUACUCAAGAACAAUACGCUCAUUGAGACGCCUGAGGAUGUCUCGGGCCUGCUAAGUCUGUGCUUGGUGCUCGUGAAGGAUGUGAAGGAGGGGAAUCUGGGUGGGGGCCCGCCGGUCCGUCAGAGGGUGAGAGAGGGGGCGGAGAUGCGCGAGUUGGCAGAGGAGCAGGGAUGGGUGGCGAGGAUGGUGCAUUUGUUCAGAAAUGAGGAUCUGGGAGUGCAAUUCGAGCUGCUACAGACUGCACGGAAACAUUUUUCGGAAGGCGGAGAUCGGAUCAGGUUCACGUUCCCGCCUUUGAUCGCUUCCGGGAUCCAGCUGGCUCGAAGGUUCAAGUCCAGAGAGGGCGAAGAGAACGACUAUGAACCCCGCCUGUCUCAUUUAUUCAAAACGAUCCACCAACUCACAACGACCCUCUACCAUAAAUGCGAGUGCCCCGAGAUAUGCCUUCGCCUCUUCCUCCUCGCGGCACAAGUGGCCGACACGUGCAAUCUCGAGGAAUUGACAUACGAAUUCUUCGUCCAGGCAUUCGUCAUCUACGAAGAAUCGAUAUCCGAGUCGCGCGCCCAAUUGCAGGCUAUCGUCGGUAUCAUUGGCGCUCUGCAGACGACGCGGGUCUUUGGCGGUGGCGACAACUACGACACGCUCAUCACAAAGGCGGCGCUGCAUGGGAGCAAGCUGCUGAAGAAGGGGCAUCAGGCGACGGCGGUGUUGGCGGCGAGUCAUAUGUGGUGGCAGGGCGAUGUCGUCGGGAGGGGGAAGGAUGAGAAGACGCCAUAUAGAGACGGCAAGCGCGUCCUGGAAUGUCUUCAGAAGUCCCUCCGCAUCGCCUCGUCCUCGAUCGACGAACUCACCUCGGUCCAGCUCUACGUCGACGCACUCGACCGGUACAUUUACUACUUUGAGCAAGGGGUCGAAGCGGUCACGCCGAAAUACGUCAAUAGUCUCGUGGAGCUCAUUGUGGGGAAUAUCGAUAAUAUCUCGGUGGGGGCAACGGGUGGUGGAUAUGAGGGUGCGAUGGGUGGAGGGAGACGGGGAGGGGGUGAGGGUCUGGUAGAAGGCGUGCAGUCGCCCGAGAUGGUUGUCAAGCACUUCAGAAAUACCCUCGGUUAUAUCGCUACUCGGCAAAGACAACAUGCGGAGCGGGAAGCGAAUGGUGGAGGUGACACACCGGGAGAAGAAACGGAUGCUGCUGUAGAUGGGGAUGAGGUAGUAGGGAAGGGCAAGAAGGUGGAGCUGGGAUGGGACAAGGUGGAUGUGGUGGGCGCGUGUUUGAAGAUGGGGAUAACGAGGUAG